AUGGGAGCAAAUCAAUCUACCAUUAAAUCCUAUGACUUAUCAAAUAAAGUUGUUAUAAUUACUGGUUCUACAGAUGGAAUUGGUAAAAGUUUGGCUCGCAUAAUCUCUUCAUAUAAUCCAAAACGUCUAAUCCUACCAAUUCGCAACCAUGAAAAAGGCAAAAAACUCAUAGAAUAUAUCCGAAAUUCUCAAGAUGGAAAGGUUGAAUGUAUUGAAUUAUGGGAUAUAGAUUUUGCAAAUUUACGUAGCGUAAAGACUUUCGCUAAUAAAUUUAUCAAGGAAGUUGGUGAAUUGCACUAUUUAUGGAAUAAUGCUGGUAUUUUUAAUUUUAGCUUCGAGAAGACAAAAGAUAAUUUCGAACAACAAUUCCAGAAGUCGGCAACACCUGAAUCUCCGUGCAAAAUAACUUUUACAGGUUCUGAUUUUGCAAAUUCUGGUGAAAUCGACUUGGAUAACUUGAAUGGUGAAAAAUCUCAUGGAGUUUUAAAACUACAUUAUAGCACAAAACUAAUGGACCAUGUAUAUAGUAAAGAACUUAAUCGUCGUUUACAAGGAUCAAAUGUUAUAUCUUUGGUAUGCCUCCCAGGAUUCGUAAGCACAAAUGUGGGUAAUGUCCAUUGGCUACUAGAACCGCUAAGACGCGUUAUCAUGACGUUCGCUUCAUCGCCAGACACUGGAGCGAUAAAUAUAAUGUAUCCCGUCUUAGACGCAAGUAUUGAAGAUGGUGGUAAAUGUUUUGGAAAUUGUGAAGAAGUGGACUUUGGUCAAGCAUUGGAUGAAGAAUUGAUACAGAAGUUUUGGAAUAAAUGUGAAGAGUUAUUAAGAAAUUUUGAUCCAAUUCUUCUGCAAUAA